UGCCGCAGUGCUUCCGGCUCCGCUCUCCGGUUGUGUGGAAUCAGCUGAACUGGGAUCAGCUUCAUGUCACGACGCUCCAUGUGUUUCUGUUACGUGUUUGACCACAGAAGCUGUCCGGAGACCGAAGGUAACGAGUCUCUAUGUUACUGAAGCUAAACCCGUUAGCUGUGUGCUAACGUUAGCGUCACGGCAGCAGGUCAAGGACUUUGAGUGGGAGCAUCAACAUGUUGGUGGUCCGCUGCAUUGUGGGUAACGUGCGUGGAGGAGGACUUCUGAAGACGUGGGUCCACCCCCAGCGCCCCCUGCGGCGCCUCCUCUCCCGGGCCCCCGGCCCUGCGCUGAGGACCCGGGUGGCAGGCAGCCUGCUGGUGGGCGGCGGCCUGCUGGCGGCCUGGUGGUGGGUGGACUCGGAGAAGCGGCAGCAGCAGCGCCGGCGGCGGGUGGAGCAGUUGAAGCAGGUGUCUCUGGGUCAGGGCGCCUUCAGCCUGUUGGACCACAGCGGGAGGCGCCGCACCAAGGCCGACUUCCUCGGCCGCUGGGUGCUGCUGUACUUCGGCUUCACACACUGCCCAGACAUCUGCCCCGAGGAGCUGGACAAGCUGUGCGGCGCCGUGGCGGCGCUGGACCAGGACGCCACGCUGCCGCCCGUCCAGCCCCUGUUUGUCACCGUGGACCCGGAGAGGGACGACCCGCCAGCACUGGCCCGCUACGUAAGGGACUUCCACCCUCGCCUGAUCGGGCUGACGGGCACGCCGGAGGAGGUGAAGCGAGCGGGGCGGGACUACCGGGUCUAUGCCAGCGCCGGGCCCAAGGACGAGGACGGGGACUACAUCGUGGACCACACCAUCCUCAUCUACCUGGUUAGCCCCGACGGGCUGUUCCUGGACUACUACAACCGCAUGAAGGACCAAGAUCAGAUCGUAGCCAGCGUCCGGAACCACAUCAAGAACUACGAGCCGCUGGACCCGGACUGCUAGGACCGUCACACGAUGUCUCUGGGAACUGAACUUUUCUGUUAUUAAAAUCUAUUUUAUCUAUUUAA